AUGAAGGUGAAACCGUCGGGAUCUGCAACGACAGUUGAGCGGUGCACGACGGCUGCAAAGUCUCUGAGAUCAAUAGGGUUCCAAGAGAAAGGGAACCUUGACCAAGAAAAAGGCCGUUACUAUUUUUUGCUCAUUUCAUUGCCUAAUUUGAUCCUUGGCGAGAAACCUGGAGGAAUCAUUGCUCUUCUCGAUGAAGCAUGCAUGUUUCCAAAGUCAACACAUGAAAUGUUUGCAAACAAGCUUUAUCAAAUGUUUAAGGAUAACAAGCGCUUUAUUAAGCCAAAAUUUUCGCAAACAGAUUUUACCAUUGCUCAUUAUGCUGGAGAGGUGACAUACCAAUCUGACCAAUUUUUAGACAAAAACAAGGAUUAUGUGGUUCCUGAACAUCUAGAUUUAUUGAUUGCUUCCAAAUGUCCUUUUGUAUCUGACCUUUUUCCACCACUCCCUGAAGAGACAUCCAAAUCUUCCAAAUUUUCUUCAAUAGGUUCUCGUUUUAAGCUACAACUACAGGAACUAAUGGAAACAUUAAGUUCUACAGAACCCCAUUACAUUAGAUGUGUGAAACCAAACAACCUCCACAAGCCUGCAGUUUUUGAGAAUGUCAACAUUAGGCAUCAACUUCGCUGUGGUGGUGUGUUGGAGGCUAUCAGAAUCAGUUGUGCUGGCUACCCUACACGUUGCCCUUUCGUUGAAUUUGCAAACAGAUUUGGUCUUUUUGCCCCGGAGGCCACGGAAGCAAAGUGUGAUGAAAAGAAUGUUUGCCAAAAGAUUCUGGAAAAGACAGGGCUGAAAGGAUAUCAGAUUGGAAAAACAAAGGUAUUCUUGAGAGCUGGUCAGAUGGCUGAACUAGAUGCUCGGAGAGCUCAAGUACUUGGUAAUGCAGCAAAAGUUAUCCAACAGAACAUACGGACCCAUCAAGCUCGGAAACAUUAUCUUGCUUUGCAAAAGAAGACCAUAUAUUUGCAGUCUCGGUGGAGAGGAAGACUGGCAUUCAAACUCUAUGAGAAAAUGAGAAGGGAGGCUGCUAUUGUGAAAAUUCAAAAGAACAUACGCAGUUAUGAAGCUAGGAAGGCAUAUAAAGAACUUCAUAUGUCAGUACUUACUAUGCAAACAGCUUUAAGAGCCAUUGCUGCUCGCAAGGAGUUCAGAUUUGGGAUACAGACCAAAGCUUCCAUCAUUAUUCAGGCUCGGUGGCGGUGCCACAAAGCGGCCUUAUAUUAUAAGAGGCUCAAAAAAGGCUCAAUAGUUACACAAUGUAGAUGGAGAGGACGUUUAGCUACGGGAGAACUUAGGAAUCUGAAAAUGGCUGCAAGACAUACUGGCGCACUUUUAGAAGCAAAGAGUAAGCAUGAAAUACAUGUAAAGGAACUUACUAGGUGUCUCCAACAGGAAAAAGGUUUAAGGGCUGCAAGAGAUACUGGCACACUUCAAGAAGGCGCACUUCAAGAAGCAAAGAGUAAGCUUGAAAAACAAGUGGAGGAGCUUACUUGGCGUCUCCAACUGGAAAAAGGUUUAAGGACAAAUCUAGAAGAAUACAAAGCACAUGAGAUAGCAAAACUGAAGAAUUCAUUGCAGGAGAUGAAGAAAAAGGUUGAUGAAACUAAUGCCCUUCUCCUCUUGGAGCGAGAAGAGAAUGCAAGGAAAGCUAUCGAAGUAGCAUCUCCUGUCAUUGGAGAAGCAAAUGUUCUUGUUGAAGAUCCAGAGAAGUUUAAGAAACUGAGAAUUGAAGUUGAGAGCCUAAAGACUUCACUCAAGUUAGAGAAACAGAAAGCCUAUCACUAUGAAAGGAAAUAUAACGAAGCUAAAAUUUAUUGUGAAGAAAGAAGUAAAAAAUUAGAGGAUACGGAGAAGAAGCUUCGCCAGCUCCAAGAAUCAAUGACCAGGUUUACUUCUCGGAAGACUUUAUAG